GCCUUCAAACACAUAACACAGCCUAGUGUUCACUUGCAGACUCACACUUUCUGUAGCCAUCAGCCUCGUUUCUUCUGUACUCACUCAUCAGAUACAGGAAAACAUGGCUUCCGUCACCGCCUGCGCAUCUACGAGCCUUGCUGGAGUGGCCCUCGGAGCCACCAGCAAUGAGCUCGCGAAGAAGGUGAAUGUGGGACAAGCCCGCGUGGUCAUGCGCAAGACCGUGAAGAGCACCCCAACCAGCAUCUGGUACGGUGAGGACCGACCGAAGUACUUGGGCCCAUUCUCCGGUGCCACCCCAUCGUACUUGACCGGUGAGUUCCCCGGUGACUACGGCUGGGACACCGCUGGACUCUCUGCCGACCCCGAGACCUUCGCCAAGAACCGUGAAUUGGAGGUAAUCCACGCGCGAUGGGCCAUGUUGGGAGCUUUGGGAUGCGUCUUCCCCGAGCUUUUGAGCAAGAACGGUGUCUCCUUCGGAGAGGCAGUGUGGUUCAAGGCCGGAUCUCAGAUCUUCGCUGAGGGAGGUUUGGACUACCUCGGCAACUCGAGCCUCGUCCACGCCCAGAGCAUUCUGGCCAUCUGGGCCUGCCAGGUCGUGCUCAUGGGAGCCAUCGAGGGAUACAGAGUGGCAGGAGGACCCCUGGGAGAGGUGAGCGACCCGAUCUACCCCGGAGGUCAAUUCGACCCCCUGAACUUGGCUGAGGACCCAGACACCUUCGCCGAGCUGAAGGUGAAGGAGCUGAAGAACGGAAGACUUGCCAUGUUUUCCAUGUUCGGAUUCUUCGUCCAGGCCAUCGUCACCGGAAAGGGACCCAUCGAGAACUUGUCGGACCACUUGGCUGACCCGGCUGUGAACAACGCCUGGGCCUACGCCACCAACUUCACCCCCGGAAACUAGAGAUGUUGCAUGUUUUAAAGAGUCUCGUAGUAAAUUUUGGUUCUCCGCCCAUGAAUUGUACAAUAUCUUCUGGCUCUCCACAGCGGACAUUCUUUGAGUAGAUGAAUUAGUGUGCAUUGCACCGUCGUGAGUAGCUGAGCCGCGCUUUCUCCUCCUGUGGGUGGAAGCCAAUUUGACUGACUUAAUAUAAUGCGACUUUUUCUGCAAUUCUCUCU